ACUUCCGCAGUGCUAUAAAUUCAGGCAUUCUCUCUUUCCUUCAUCAAAUUGCUUGCUAUCUUAAUACAACAACAAAAAUUCAGAUAAGAUCAGAUCGUUAACUGCAAACAAUGGAAGGAUCAAUGGAGGAAUCCACCAAAGAACAAUCUUCUGCACCGCCUGUUAGCGCAGGGAAGACAACUACGAAACUUCGAUAUCCGCUGCGAUCGGCAACUACGAAAUCCAAGGAGGAGAAACCGUCAGUUACUGAAUUGAACAAAUCAUCUGCUUCGAAGAGGGGUAGACCACCAUCCAGUGUAGCCAAAAGUGUGAGUGUCCUUGAUCUAUCUGGCAAGAACAGAUCAUCGGCUAAGCCUCCUAGAAGGCUCUCUGUUCCUUCAAAACCUACUCCCAGUUCUAAUCCUAGACCAGUUGGUAACAUUUCUCCCAUCUCUGAGGCAAACAAGGCGAAAAGGCUGUUUGGUAGUCAAGGAAAAAACGGCACACCAGCUUCAGAUUAUUCCAGAUCCUACUUAACAACAAGCAGGGGAAAGAAUCUGUUAUCAUCAACCUCAUAUUGGCUAUCACAUAUUAAGCAAUCUGAAUCUGCAGCCAAGCACAAUAUUUCACUUGGAUUCUUUAAACUCGCACUAGAAGCUGGAUGCGAGCCGAUUCAGAAAAUGAGAGAUGAACUGAAAUCCUAUGCGCGUAGACAUAAUAUUGUUGUUUUGGGAGAAGCUGUGGCAGCAACAGGGAAAGAGUUAUUUGAAAGCUAUAACAUCUCAGAACACUUUGAGCAGUUACAGAUGUCUGAUACGAGUUCCCAAGUCCCUGAAGAUGGAAGAAGUCGGUCAUCUGAUGAUGAUGUGAGGAGCUCUUCCUCCAUUACUAGAGGAGGAGGAGCUCGAGAAGUAAAAACAAGAUCUUUGAAAGCUCUUACUACUCCGACUUCUAAAGCAGCAGCAACAGCAGCUUCUUUAGCCAUCAUCCCACCAUUAUCAAACGAGACCAAUAAGAAGGAUAAUAACCCUGGAACAAAGAUGGCCACAAGGGUAUCUUCUACUUCUUAUUAUAGGAAAGCAACAUCAACAACUAACAAAACUGGUUCUGGUUCAGAAAGAGGAGGCAAUUUAGAUAAAAGUAGUAGUCAGAUGAAGAAGAAGCCACGCAGGCAAGAGAUGGAGAAAGGAGGAGCCAAGGAAGAUAAUGAUAAUAAUGCAACUAAUGAAAAAAAGGGUGAAGUUGAUGAUAGCUCACCAACUAAGAAGGUCGAUGUCCUGCUUCAAGAGAACAAAGAGAACCUGGAUGCUCUUCAGAAGAUGGGAGAAAUGAGUUUAACAACCACUAUCCAAGUUUAAACAGGAAGAAAUCCAAGAGUGCAGUUGAAAGUAAAUGAUGACUAAAGAGUGCUUUUUUUUUUUGAAUUAUUGUGUGGGUUGUUGUUGGAAGAAGAAACUGGUUAUAUGGUAAAAGUGUGAAAUUUGAAAGAUUUAUUUUCUUAAUUUGGGAUGUUUUUUUUUAUAUAUAUAUUAUAAUGGUCUUUUGUACUGUACUAAGUAGUACUUAUCAUUAUCCUCAAACUCAAUGGUUUAUUGUGAUUGAGUGGUUGAUUGGGACAAAUCCUUAUAUAUACAUUAUAUUGAAAAUAAUAUAUUUUGUUUUUCUUUCU